AUGGCAGAUAGCUUUAAUUCAAGAUAAAGUGGAUAAUUUUAUAAUUUUGUGGGUACAGCAGGUACAGCAGAUUUCUAAGCUGGAUCUUGUUAGGAACAAUAGUUAAAAUAAUAUCUCUAUUUAGAUUGAGUUUUGGUAAAAAUUUGUUGGGUUAUGGCGAUCAAUAAUAAGGUGGGAGUUUCUAAAAUAAUUAUUUGUAAUAUCAUGCAAUGGAUUAAGAUAUGAAAAAUAGUCUAGAUCAAUUUUAUGAAAUGAAAAUUGAGGAUGCAGAUAAUCAGUUGAUUUAAGAAGAGUCAUCAAAUUAAUCAAGAUAGAAAUAAUCAAUACAAUCAGAAAGAAAUAGCCGAUCACAAUAUUCAGGAGAUUAAGAAUAUCGAUUAGGUUGGCUUUACAAAAUUAUAAGUAGAAUCAGCUGACUAAAUCAACAGCAUAUUUAAACCUGAAGUAAAAUUGCAGAUUCCUCAAAAUUAAGGCAAAAGCAUAUACAGAGAAAAGAUAGAAUCGUUAUUAGAAAAAAGAACUUCAAACAACAAUUCAGUGUCACCAUCUAUAACACCUAGAUCAUAAAAAAGUUAACAAAAAUUAGAGAGAAAGAGAUCGUAGAAUCUACAAAAUGAAACAUCAAAUGAGAUUACUGACCCUACUCAAGUUAAAUUGGCAAAGAACAGAGAAUCAGCCAAGAAUUCGAGAGAAAGAAAGAAAAUAUAUCAAUAAUUGCUUGAAAAAUAGGUUUCUGAACUUUAAGAAGAAAACGAAAAACUGAAGGAUAUAUGCAAGAAUUAAGCCCAUUCCAUGGAGAUAGUAAAUAAGAAAACAUAGAAAGUAAGGUAUCUUAGUAUCUACAAUAGUUUUAAACAUUCUUAGAGUAACAAUAACAAAUGUUUGAAAAAUUGGAAUUAUGUUUAAUAAAAAAAGUUAGCGAUGACGAAAUCGGUAUCAUCAUGGAUGCAUUAAGAUAUAGAAUUUAAUCAAAUUCGAAGGAAAGAAAUGACACAGCUAGAGUUUACUUUGAUAGCAUAGCUGAGAUCCUAUUACCAAUGUAGGUUAAGUAUUUGCUAUAUGCAUGUUCACAUUCAAAAGACAUGUUUGCCAACUCUGACUAGUAUAAAAUUUGUUAAUGUUUAAGAGAUUACACUGAAUGGAUGAAGGGUAAUUUUGAAAAUACUAAUGUAAAAUUUGAGAAUCUCACUAAGCUGAAGAAGUUUCAAAAUAAAGUGCAAUAGUUUAAAUAAAAUAUUUCAAAGUUUUUUUUUAUUUAUUAUUUAGUUCUCUUGAUAAAAUUAAAAAUGAAAUCAAAUCUAUCUAAGAUCAAGCCUCUAAACUUGAUCAAAUUUGGGAUGCUCUAAAAUCUGUUAUGAAUCCAAUUUAAUUGAGCACAAUGAUUUGUUCGCUCUAUCAUGUAAGUAAUCAAUGAGUAAUCUUAGAAUUUAUAUAGGAAUGAAUUAUAAACAAGUACGCUAUUUGAAUAACUGCGAAAUUCUUAAGCUGAGGAAGAUGAUUUCUAGUUCAAGAUUGAAGAAGAAAUAAAUUUUGGUAUAAGUAAAAUGGUUAAAAGGUGUUGA